AUGGCUGCCAUCUCCCAUAUCUCAGAGCUGCCUGGCUCGUUCCCAGCGCUCGAGUCCAUCUCUACUUUCGAAACGGCAGAAGCACUCACCGUUGCCCGAUCUUUAGCUCCCACCAUCACCGACAUUCUCUCCAAUCCGACUACGGAGGCAAUCAGGGAGAUUUUCCUUCCAGACGCGUUCUGGCGCGACCAAGUCUCGAUUUCAUGGUCCUUGCGCACCUUCUAUCCAACCACUGCAAUCGCACAGAAUAUCGUCCCACUUCUCCAGCGCGCAGACAUCGACACGUGCUCAAUCAAGUUGCUGGAAGAGCAGGUGCUCCCAGUCGACCUGCCCAAUGGAGUCUCCCUCGUCCGUAUUCCAUUCACAUUCAAGACUCGCAGGCCCGGGGCGGACGCCACUGCUGUUUUCAAAGUCGUGCGCGGGAAAACAGGCGCGAUUAAAAUAUUCACAGUGACGACCGCGCUGCAAGCUAUAGAUGCGGUUCCAUGGCGCACUGACUUCCCACCCUCAAUGGUUCCGCCUGAGCUUCCUCAGACACUGCCGAGCACAGUGGAUGUUCUCGUCAUUGGUGGCGGGCAUGGUGGAUUGAGCGUGUCGGCGUACUUGAAAGCCCUGGGCGCAAACUUCGCCACGAUAGAGAAGCUGGGAACAAUUGGGGACAGUUGGUCUAAACGAUACGAAAGCGCUACUCUCCACACGAUCCGCCUGUAUUGCGGCCUCCCUUUCGUUCCGUUUCCGGAUGAUUAUCCUGAAUACGUCCCUGCCAAGCUGAUAGCGGCCUAUUACGAAAAGUAUGCUCGCGAUCUCCAGCUUCCGGUCUUUACUUCCCGCAAUUGCGUUCAAGCCGCAUUUGACAAUGAUGAUGAGCUCUGGACGGUCAAAAUUGAGGGCCCGAACGGGAUUGAGAUGAUCAGGGCGCGAAGUUUGAUAUUCUCCAUCGGAGUCGGUGGCCGACGGCCGACGCUGCCCAACAUCCCAGGUCGGCGCUCCCCGCAGGAAUCAUUUGCAGGUGAGUGGAUGCACUCGGCGUCAUACACGGAUGCGUCGGGCUGGGGCGGCAUGCGCGUGGCCGUCAUUGGCGCCAGCACGACUGGCUGCGACGUCUCGCACGAUGCGUCUCGUGCUGGAGCCGACAUCACAAUGAUCCAACGAAGCGCCACGCGGAUAUACCCUCAAUCGCACAUCGCCGGGGUGCUGGGUCGCUUGUGGAACAAGCAGAAUGGUCCGGAGUUGGCGGAUGUCCUCUCGACGGAGGAUCCUAUCAUUCUGCAGGCGACGCUGAAUCAGUUGAUGCUCGGUCGGUUCCGGGAUGCGCAUGACCCCGCAUACUACGACAACCUUCGCAAGGCGGGGUUUUUGAUGAAGCUCGACGGGCCGCAAAUUUUCGUCCAAGGCGGCGGACAUUACCCAGAUGUGAGCAAGCCACGGAUGCGAUACAAAAUUGUUCAUGAAUUGCAGAUUGGAGCCUGUGAAGCUAUCAUCAACGGUGAAAUCAAAAUCAAGUCCGACACGACCAUCACCGAGGUCACAUCGUCCGGGCUCGUCUUCUCAGAUGGAUCAAAACUUGACGUGGAUGUCAUUGUUUAUUGCACGGGCUUCGAGAAAGAUAUGCGCGGGGCCAUCUCCGAUAUCGUGCAGAAGGACUUGGUCAGCAGUCUGGAACCCGUCUGGGAGCAGGCUGAAGGUGAAGCUCGCGGAGUCUGGCGGCCGACCGGAAACGACAAGUUGUGGAUUCAUGGCGGAGAAUUGCAGACAAUGCGGUAUUACGGACGAUUUUUAGCCCUUCAAGUCGUAGCCGAGCUGGCUGGCGUGCGACCGACUCCAGCAAGACGCGCUGAGCUCGUGUAA